AUGGCGACCCCAAGGCUGCGGAAGACGAGAAUCGUCUGCAUCUCGGACACUCACAAUUGCACCGUCAAACUCCCGCCUGGCGACAUCUUGAUUCAUGCUGGGGACCUCACCAACAAGGGAAGCAAGUCAGAGCUCUCUAGGGCAGUCAAAUGGCUCGAAGAAGCUGACUUUGAGGCCAAGAUUGUCGUGGCAGGGAACCACGAUGUCACUUUGGAUGAGGACUUUUACUUCCACCACGGUGACAGCUUUCACAACAAGAUCAAGCAGGAUCCGUCCGAGUGUAUCCAAUUGCUGUCUUCAUCGCCGUCCAUCACCUAUCUGUGCCAUGACUCGACAACUAUCCGUCUCAAGUCUUCUACAGGGCCGCAUACGGAGUUUACCGUCUUCGGCUCUCCAUACUCUCCUCGCAGCGGGCUCUGGGCGUUCUAUUAUGAAGCUCCGAAAAGCCCGGACGACAACAGCACAGAUCUCACCUCGCUAUGGGAACUCAUCCCACUUGAGACGGACAUUGUAGUGACACACACGCCACCGCGUACACACUGCGAUACGCCAGAGGGUCAGCGACCCGCCGGUUGUGAAGCGCUACGCCAGGCGCUCUGGAGAGUGAGACCCAAGCUGGCAGUCUGCGGCCACAUCCACGGCGGACGAGGGGCCGAGCGAGUGCUCUGGGACCUGAAGAACAAGACCAAGCCCUACGCCGAGAGAGUCUCCAUCGGUUGGGAGGACCCAGGUGCGGAUAACAACAAGAUGAGCCUGGUUGAUCUCACCGGCAAGACGAGCAAGAUGCCGGCCCUCGCAAACGACGAGCAUCACCUGGGUCGGCCUAGCUAUGAGGACGACCAACAGACAGCCAACGCGACAUCAGCCGAGCACGCAGUGGGCUACGGGGGUGAUCCGGAGUCCGAUAGUAGCUGUGAUUAUGAAGCAUUGGCGGGAAGGACCGGCCGCAAGGAGACGUGUGUUGUGAACGCGGCCAUCAUGAAGGGCAGCUAUCCUCAUAGCGAGGGCAAACUGUUUAGCAAGCCCAUUGUGGUGGACUUGUUUUUGCCCGUGUGGCAAGAGGACGAUGACAACAAUGAAGCUUGA